CUGAAUACUUGCAAUCUGAAUCUAAUGAUCUUGAAUUAUUAUUAUCUAAUAAUGAAUCUGAAUCACCUUACCUUAAUAAUGAAACUGAAACAUUAUCUUCUGAUAUUGAAUCAGAUUCAGAAUUAGAAGAAAUACUUGAAAAUGAUAAUGAAUCUGAAUCUGAAUUACCUUAUCUUAAUAAUAAGCCUAAAUUAUUAUUAUCUGAUAUCAAAUUAAAUUCAAAAUUAGAAGAAGUACUUGAAAAUGAUAAUGAUUUUAUAGAAUAUUUUUUAAAUAAUUCUG